AUGUCAAGUUAUAAAUCGUCUCUGGGCCUAAUCUAUUAUUUUACAUUAUCAGAUCAAAACAAUUGUCUUCCGAUUUAUCCAUUUGGGAAUCAAUUCUUGGAAUUUCCUGCUGGAAUUCCUUUGGUUUCCCUUUAUUGUCUUCAGACAACUCCUUCUCCAUCACCUCCGUUGUUUGCUUCAAAAACAGUAAUCACAUGCCAGCCUCUUAUGAUAAGAAUUGCCUCAUUCUUAGUUGAUGGAGUUGCGCCUCACAGUGCCACAUUUGCUGACUCCUCGGUUAACAGUUUGUCGUGUACUCUCAAAGAGUUUGAUCUAUCAGUUCCAUUUGAUGCUGAAGAAAUUGUAAAGUGCAGUGCAACUAGGACCGCUUGCUCCGAGUAA